AUGGGAUAUAAUCCUCACUCUCAUGGAGAUGCUCCUCCAACUCAUCCUACAAUGAUUACGAUACCAAUAUGGUAUGAUAUAAAGCUAGCAUUUGUGGCAUGGUUGGUUCUGCCACAGUUCAGGGGUGCAGCUGUCAUAUAUGAGAGGUUUGUGAGAGAGAAACUCAGGAAAUAUGGAGCAAUAGAUCCUCACCACAAGUCUCCCAAUGGACCACAAGGAUCUCCAACGCCGAAUCGCCCCCAAUUUCAACCCUGGCCGCUGACUGUCCUCAUCACGUCGCUCCUCCAGCGAUGCUGCCUUUCCUCCUGUACCACCAACCAUCACCGUCGUGAUUCACCGUCGCUGGUGCAUCGCCAUCACCGGCGCCAACCUUUUCAUCUCACCAUCAUCUUCUUCUCCAUUUCACUCAAAGACAGCUCUACUGGUUGCGUUUAUCCUGCUAGCGCUAGUUCCACUAGCACUAGUACAUCUCCGGUGAGCCACACACCCUCAUCCUGCCACCCCAGGCUCUUCGUCGCCGACCUCGCCCUUGGGGCUUCCCUCUGCCUUCAGGGACUCUGGGUGCUUCAGACCGGCCUCUCUCUCUCCGUCGCUGCCUUCAUACCUGAAGGAUGCCACAAGCUUCUCGACGUUGUCCGCGGCGUCGACGGUUCCACCAAGUGCGAUUUGGACGACUCCAAGCUCAGGGCCGUCGCAAUCCUCGAUCUGAUGUUUGUCCUUCACAAUGGACAACAACCCCCAUGCCUUCUCUCUGGCUAAACAUAUCAUAUCACC